GUCGACCGCCAACCCAACUCCAGCUGCACAAUACGACAACACCCACGGCAGAGUUCGAUUCUACGAUGCCGUCCAAAUUCUCGCUGCAGAAUCCAUACGUGGUGGCAUCUUUGCCAAGACCCAUUGACAUUAACAAUGGGCGUUAUGUGGUUGGAGAGGUUUUUGGCGGGGCAGUAGGCGCUGGCGCAAAGAAACGAAAGAGGUCCGAAUUGGCAAUUGGGAUAGAUGGCGAGGGAAUUAACCUCUACGAUGUACGAUUCUGCCUUUCGCUCUGGCGCGUAAUGAGAUGGUGAUGGAAGCUAAUCUAUUUUCAGAUCUCUUCUUCGAAACUCAUCACUUCAUAUGCUUUGCCGCCACUAUCAUCCUUUACCUGCGCUCCAAGUUCCGUGAGAAUUCGAAUCUCAAAAACGCGCGCUGAACGACGCACAUACGCAUCGACUUCGUGGACGCAGGCGCAAGUGACGCUCUUUCGAGAUGUGACUGAAGGCCCUUCGAGCACGACCUCCGCGACUACUUCCCACGUAAUCCAGAAAACAGAAAACCCCAUUGUUUUCAUGAGCACGACGGCCGCGACAAUGGGACCUGAGGCGCUCGCAGGUGCCUUAGACUUGUUGGUCGUCAAGAAGGAUGGAGAAAUCCAUUGUCUGGAUGGGGAAACUCUGCAAGAAAAAUGGAUUUCUCCGGCCGCCGCUCUUGUCACACAAGAUGCAGGACAAGCCAUUGAAGCCGAAAUCGAGUAUGCGCACAUGACAAACGCAUUCGCAGUAUCCCAAGGAGUCUUCAAGGGUCGACAGGAUAUCUUUGCAAUGUUCAAUGAAGAAAUUUCCCAGGAUGCCUUCAACCCUGAUAUGCUCGUCUUGAUUUCCAAGACCACUGCAAAUCCCUCCUCAAGAAGGAUACAUAUUGUCACUCUGCCUAGAAGGUCGUCUGUUCAUGUUAAUGGUUUGCAACACUCGGUUCACCCAUUAUUGUUUGCUGCCUUUCCCUUCACUUCGAGUGCGCCCUCCCAAGGAGCGACCACUUUUAGCAUACAGGUCUCUACAGGAACACUAAUGCAGCUCCACAACAAUACCCUGACCACAUUUGACCUGACUGAAACAGGCCUAAAAGAACAAUCCUCCCUCUCAACUAACACCGCAAAGUCGUUCUUACGUCUGUCCAAUACAUCAAUCCUCCUCUCGUCCGAAGACAAUCUCAGUGUCAUUAGCCCAAAAUAUCAAUCAAUACUAGCGACUGUUGACACGGGUCUUUCUGGUGAUCGAGAAUCGCUUAAGCGCAAGCGAGAUUCUGAACACGAAAGUAAGAGCAUACCAGCGGGAUCACAUGCGCUCAAAGCAUACUUUCCCAAACUUGGAGCAGCAAUUGCAAUUGUUGAUAGCAACCUCGUCGGGAUACAAAUCGAAGGGCAAUAUGAUCGCAAAGGAAGAGCGCGCGCUGCAGGACUCCUGAUAGAUUCCAUUGGAUGUGCCAUUCCAGGACACCAACGACAUAGAAUUAGCGACUCCAAUAUUGCAAAGCUCGAUUCAGAAACCCUGUCAGCAUACCAGGCAGCCUCCAUGACCGCAAAAACAUCGGACGCAACCUGGACUAGUCGAAUGCAGAUCUUGGAGAAAUCAUUUAACGCUGGGGACAUCGACAAGUUUGAUGAGCUCAUGAUUUCUACUCUUAGCGCAAAAGUGAAGAAAACCCGAGACUCUUUGUCAACCACAGAGGACCAAAACUUCGACGAUGCUCUGAAAAGAAAAGCCCACGCAACGGACAGACGAUGGAUUUUGUACGCUCUUAGUAAAUUGUUCUCUUGCGUCGAGUUAGACUCAGGAAAACGGCAACUUGCCGUUUCAUUUUAUACACCAAAAUCAUUUAUGUGGCUCAUAACAGCAGGUUUUAUGACUGUAACAAACAUUCAAGCUGCUCUAAAAAUUGCGAAUGCUCAAUCGUCGAUUUCAUCAGGCGAGUUGGUGAAUGCCAUUUGUGAAAUCAAUCCCGACAUGGAGUUUUUACUCGCACUUAUCAGAAACAACCACUUGGACGCUGCUGAGCUUGUUUGUGCGCUUCGACUACUAAUGGAAAGCCUUGAAAUUGGCGGCGGCAAUGAUCACACAAAGCAGCUUUUACUCACGAAUGGAGAUGAGACAGAUCUGGCUGAUGGUGCUAUUGAAGAUCAAUUGGAGCAAUUGGAGCAGGAAGCUGAGCGUGAUUUGGAUUUUGCAGAAUACCAGCUAGGGCCUGGGGCUGGCAUACGGGGACAGGCCAUCAGCGCGGCGUUUACGAAACUCUACGCUUGUCCAACAAACUCCAUCGUACAGGCACUCCAGUCCCAUCUGUCGACUCAAGAUACUGUCGCUGUCAUGUAUCUACUCCGCAUGCAACUUUCAGAAGGCUCCUGGACCUCCAAGCAUCUUGAUUUUGAUCCAUCGGAGGUCAAUGAUGAAUAUCCAAGCUCUGAGAAUGCAAUCAUUCUCAUAUCAAGCUUGCUCUGUAAUUGCAUUGAUGCCGUGGGUGCUGGUGGUUGGUUGUCGGGGGACACGAGAUUAGUUCGAAGCGAUCCCUUCGAUGCACAGGACUUAGUUUCGGGGCUGAAGCUCGAAGUUAGUGCUGCCUUGGAAGCUAUCGAGGAAGCAACCUAUUUGAAAGGGAUCAUAUCAGAAAUGGUUCGUUAUGGACAAGCGGUCCAAAAUGCUCUUCCAAAGGAGCCAAAGGGCGAGAAGGGAACGCCCGCCAACAAGAAACACAAGCCCAUUACUCUGGAGUCUGCAGAUCCUGAUCAAAGGCUUUUACCUCUAGGAUUGAAAGCAGAGCAGUUGGUUUCACGCGUAAGGGUUGGUGGUGGAGGCGAAAUCAAUGUCCGUUCGUCAAGAGAUAUCGGUAAUCGUAAGAGUCAAAAGGUUGGAAAGUAUUCCCUGGAGAAGAUUGUCAUUUGAGAUUACGGUGUACACAUAGUCAAAGUAGAAAAUUUUAGCACAACGUAUGUAAUACUUUUUUCUUCUACUGUUUUUGUUUUGGGGCCGCUGUAGAAAAGGCAGCUUAGGUUACGUGGUUCCAGCUAGUUGGAAUUUGUUAUUGUUCUAUUCCAAAGUUCUAGAAUAAAUCAGGUUAAAUAAAUGGACAUUAAAUGC